CAGACUUGGGCAUCAGCUGUUAGAAUGACUGCCUUCGAGGCAGAAAUCCUGCACGAGCAGGAUGGAAUGUGGAAGGCUUGGUCAUAAGCGUGAUGAUGUAUCAGAAGAAGUUGUGGGAUGACUUGCUGUUCAGGCACUGCAUGACUUACGAGCAUGGCCGUGAAGCAGCUCUGCUUCGGAUGCUGACGGAAAACGAGCUGAGCGAGGGGGUGUUUGUGUCGCCUGAUGCCUUCAACGAGGAAGUGGUGGAUGUUAUCUACCUCAAACUAAAUCUUGAGACUGGCAUCUUGACGAUCAAGGCUGUGCAAAUUACAAUCUCCAAGUGGAAGAACAAGCGAAGGAAGAGGUCACACAAGGUUUGGCAGGAGAGGGUCUUACCAAGGUGGCUUUCGGAGAAUUGGAAACUAGAGCAUCAGUUCAUUUACGUGAUGCCGGAGAAGUUGAACAAGGAAAAACUGGAGAAGGUCGAAGCAGAUUUGAUCAGCUACGUUGCUGCUUGCCAUGGAGAGGAGGAUACAAAUGAUGAGGACGAUCUUGGAGCGGAGCAGUGCGAUGGAGUUGAUCUGGCUCAAGUUAAGAGCGAGCCCGCUGAGUUCAAGAAGCUUGGGGACGUCCAUCAAUGCCUUGCAGAGUUUGAUAAGUUUCUGGACCUUCAGGAACCUGCGAAGCUGGACAAGAAGAACAUUAAACAGUGUGGUGGUGUAGUACAGGAGAUUGGUAUUCGAUGGGCAUGUAGAAGAUGGUCUCGCACGGAUGCGGAGGUUUAUUACUGCUGCCCAGCUCAUAAUCCGAAUGAAAUACAACUCCAAAGUAGUUCCAGCUCAUAAUCCAAAUCCACUACUUUGAAGUUGUUUGUGCUGUGUAGGAUUGGCUACCGUCGAUCUGCUUGGCGGGGUAGAAUCGACGGCUUAGCUAUGCAGGAGCUUGCGUUGUUCUUUGGUUUGUGAAGGGGAGGCCUGGGCGGAGGCGGAGCAUUGCCAGCGGUGGAGCCUCGGCGAGGCCAUGGCGAUGAUUUCCGUCUUGACAGGAUCGUAAGGAGCGAGGUCGGAGACGGGCUUGACGGCGUUGGCUGCUGUCAGGAAGCCCCGCAGCCUAGGUUUUGGAUUGCGCCAGGAUCCAUGGAAUGGAUCGUCGCUGUCAUGGUGCGGGACGUUUCAGCAAGCCGUGCGAUGUGCGUCAUUGAGCAGGAGCAGCACUUGUCCUGGAAAGAUGGCGAUUUUCAGGCAACAGAUCAUGGCUGCUGCUUCAAAAGGUUUGAAGGUUCCCCGAUUACAGCUACAUUUUGAUAGGACUUUGAGCUGCAUUGCAUUCAGGGUAUCCGAUGACUUCCAAGUUCAGUUCUGAUAUUUCGUUGAAGCCUACCAAGCCGUUUGAGGGGCAAAAGACUGGGACUAGUGGGCUUAGGAAAAGAUACAUUUUUUCAAGCUUGAUUGAGCUACAUUCACUCUGAUGGCUCUUCCAGGU